CGGCCUUUCCGGCUGUCCCUAUAUAUCACACCCCAGCCACCUCCUCCACUUCCAUCUAUCUCUCAUCAAUCACCAGGUGCCACUUGCGUGUAAGAGUCUAGAACCUAGAAGUCCAACAACACCACCAGAUUUUUCAUCAGCUAGCUGCAGCCAUGGUUAACGGAUUGGAAGCUUUAGUUGACCCGACCGUGCUCUCCCUCUCCCUCUCGACGCCGGAGCUGAAGAAGGAGGACUACCUCGCCAUCUGCCUCGCCGCGCUCGCCGGCACCACAGGAAGCGGCCUGAAGGCUGCACUCCUGCAGGAGGGGCACGGAAAAUGGUCCCCAAACCCCGCGGCGCCCGUGCUGAUGGAGGAGCUCCGGUUCCGGUGCACGGUCUGCGGGAAGGCGUUCGCAUCGUACCAGGCGCUCGGCGGGCACAAGUCUAGCCACCGCAAACCGCCCACGAGGGAGCAGUACGCCGCUGCGGUUGCUGCCGCGCAAGCAUCUGCAGGUGACUCCGAGGUGACGGCGUCGUCGGGAGGGACGGCUAGUGGCGGGCCGCACCGGUGCACCAUCUGCCGGAAGAGUUUCGCCACGGGCCAGGCGCUCGGCGGGCACAAGCGGUGCCACUACUGGGACGGCUCCUCGACGUCGGUCUCCGUGUCCGCGUCUGGGACGGGGUCAUCGGGUGUCACCGUAAGGAACUUUGACCUGAACCUGACGCCGGUGCCGGAGAAUGCUGGAAUAAAGAGGUGGGCGGAGGACGAGGAGGUGCAGAGUCCACUGCCGGCCAAGAAGUUCCGGGCGUCUGAUUAAUUGAGCCCUUGUCGAUCGGUUCAUGUAAAAAGGGAGCUAAACAAUAAUUGUUCGUUAAUUAUUUGAUUCAUUGAUGCAUUUAAUUUUGCCCUUUGUUAGAUGAUAGGUUCUGGCGCCGUCAAAUGUUGUGAUCAGGAGCGCGGCUAGAUACACGCAUGUGUUGUGUAUCAUUUUUUUAUUGUCUGGUCAGGAUGUAUGAAAAUGUUCGUUGAUUCAUGAAAUUAUGAGGGAAAAAACCAUAGUUAAUCAGAA